CACAGAUCCAUCGUUCUCACAUACUCCGCAAUCCCCAUUUCAACUGACACAGUGGCAGCCUUAUUCUAAUUUAUACCAACAGCGCUAUAGAUAAAGCCAGCUUAAAUAUUCUUUCUCCUGGGUGAUAGAACGUAUUCCUUCAUUACACCCUUGGCUGCAUUAUCCCAGCUACAUCAGCGCCCUUACGCUCCCAACCGCAUCAGCGCCUCCAGAAGCGAUUCACUAAUACGGAACCAUGUUCUGCUCCAAUGGGUUCGACUAUAUCAUCUCGCUUAUCGUCAUCGGAGAUUCGGGCAUAGGCAAAAGCGCACUACUCAGGCAGUUUUCCCGAGGAGAUUUCGAAUACGAUGUUAAGCCAACAGUUGGCACUGAGAUGGAUUUGCGUCCAGUUUCCGUCUUAGGAAAGAGUCUCUGUCUUCGACUUACGGAUACUGCUGGGCAAGAGAGAUAUAAGUCCAUCACUCGACAAUACUACAGAAACGCCGCCGGUAUAUUAUUAAUAUAUGAUGUGACAGCACGACAGACAUUCAACAACUUGCCUAGAUGGCUCGAGGAUAUCAGACAAUAUGCUGGCGCCAACGUGUCAAUCACGGUUGUCGGCAACAAGAAAGAUUUGAUCAACCAAAGGGUGGUUUCGUACGCUGAGGGAGAAGCCUUUGCCAGGGAACACCACCUCCCUUUCGUUGAAACCUCGGCCAAAGAUGCAUACACCGUCGAAGAUGCCUUUAUGAACACCACUGUGGAAAUCUGCAAGAAGAUUGAGCUUGGCCUGCUCAGGAACAAAUCACACGGAAUCAUGAUCGGGGAGCCUGAGCUUCCUCCUCCACCUCCAUAUAGUUCUCAAUCCUGUUGUUGGUAAUACAAUUCGCGGGACGUCUCUGUACCAAAUGUCUUCAGCCAAACUGUCGCAGGUAGCAUCCACAUAUAGAAACAAAAAGUAGUUUCAAUAAAACAAGAGAUCCGGGUACGUCUCAUGACAAUAUGUGGAAGUCUUUGGUGAUCAGCGCGUCAUAUUGUUUAUAUAGAAAUAUGAUAGCAUAGCUACCAUAGAGGAAGAAGGCGGACAACUAGACCAACUGACUUGUAGCGGCCAAGCGUUCAUAGCGAUGUUACUUUUUCCGAUCCUUCGAUGUCGGCUCUUCCUACCAUAGCAUAAAUAGGUACUGUGUAGUGUGCAUGUACAAAGGCCGUAGAGAGGU